AUGGUUUUUAGUCCGAUGACAGGAUUUUACGAGACGCUUCAGAAAAGACCGUUGGAGGAGGAUGUUGUCGAGGAAGGGACGCGUGUCGAGAGUAGCGUGGGAAAGAAGUUGAAGGGGGAAGAUGGCGUGGAUGGUGGGGUUUCUGAUUCUGUUUCUAGCAAAGGGAGUGUUGAGAGUGCGGAUGAUGAGAAUUCGUUAUCACAAAAAGAUAUUUUAGAGCAGACCAAGGCCGAUGAGUUGGAUGAGGUGGUGGAUGACUAUGCGGAGGAAGCGGUAGCUUCAAGCUCAGGUUCAGCUAUGGAUCAAGGAGCAGGAAAGGGAAGUGGGACUGGGUCUGAUAGAGCAGACACAGUUGGGGAUGUAACUGCGUCUGAAACUGGAAGAACGACUACGAGUGCAGGCACAGAAUUUAAGGUCAACGAUGCUAAAAGCCCUUCGAAUGAGAAUGGGAAUGGUAAUAACACGGCUGAUGAUGUGGAACAGUCUUCUAAUGCGGAAAAGGAAUACUUACCUGUGAAACCGGAGAAUCCAAUCCAUCUCGAGAAGGAUCCAGUUUCUGGAAAGUACAUCUUCCCAGCGAUCACGAAGGAGGAUUCUUUGAAUGCGCGCUCUUACUUGAAGCACUUUGGCUCCACAUCUUUCUUGAACGAUUAUUUGCCUGAAGAUUUGAACUCUCUAUACGUAUACCAUAUGAUCAAGUUGUUAGGGUUUCAAAUAAAGGACAAGGACUUAAUGUCUGCUAUCCAGGAAGUGGCGCAGACCCCCGACUCUUUUGCCAAUGGAGACGCUAAUGGCAACAGUGCCAAUAGUUAUCCUAGUCCCGGGUUCGAAGAUCCUUUGGAAAAGAAACACGCGGUUCGGUUGAUUAAAGAUUUGCAAAAAGCCAUGAAUAAAGUUCUCUCCACGAGAAUCAGAUUAACUAACUUUCAUACGAUCGACGAUUUCGUAGCGAAGUUGAAGACGGCCAAGAAAAUCAUUGUCCUUACUGGUGCAGGUAUUUCUACGUCUUUGGGGAUUCCUGAUUUCAGAUCUUCUGAAGGUUUUUAUUCGAAAUUAGGGGACUUGGGUUUGAGUGACCCACAAGAUGUGUUUAGUCUUGAGGUUUUCUCCGAGGAUCCAUCCGUGUUUUACAAUAUUGCGCACAUGGUGCUACCUCCUGAAAACAUGUAUUCACCUUUGCAUAGUUUUAUUAGAAUGAUACAGGAUAAGCAUAAACUUUUAAGAAACUACACGCAAAAUAUCGACAAUUUGGAAUCCUACGCCGGUGUAGAGCCAGAGAAAAUGGUGCAAUGUCACGGCUCUUUUGCGACUGCUUCUUGUGUUACAUGUCACUGGAAAGUUCCUGGUGAAAGAAUUUUCCCUAACAUUAGGAAUUUACAGCUACCUAUUUGUCCAUACUGUUACAGUAAGAGAGUUGAAUUCUUCAAGACAAAACCUGAUGACGAUGUGGCUGGAGGAGCUGAGGAAGAAUCAGAUUAUCAGGCAAGAUCCGUGCCCAAAUCCUUUGGUGUCUUGAAACCAGAUAUUACCUUUUUCGGUGAAGCUUUGCCUUCGAAAUUCCAUAGAUUAAUCAGAGAAGACGUUCUGCAAUGCGAUCUAUUAAUUUGUAUUGGUACUUCUUUAAAAGUUGCUCCCGUCUCAGAAAUUGUCAAUAUGAUCCCUGCAAGCGUACCGCAGGUGCUAAUCAACAAAGAUCCAGUCAAACAUGCUGAAUUUGAUCUCUCACUUUUAGGAUUGUGUGAUGAUGUCGCUGCUUUAGUUGCGCAAAAAUGCGGAUGGGAUAUACCACAUCAUAAGUGGAAUGACUUGAAAUCUAAGGAAUUUGUCGCAGAUGAAGUCGAAAGAGGGAUAUAUAAUGUGUAUCCAAAGCAAACUGCUACUGAAGAAGCUGCUAGUGCAAAAAAUCUCCCUCUACAACAAUCUACUGCUGCAUUAACACCCCCUGCGUCUACUUUUGAUAAAUCCCCUACUCUUUCUGUUUCAAACAACAAAUAG